UAUACUUACCAAAAAAGCAAAAAAGUUGAAAAGUGGGUGACAUGGAUGAAAAAGGGGUGGGACAGAAGACAACUACACACAAAGAUCUCAGACCACAACAAUUCGUGGCUCACAAUACUUCUCCUUUUUGCUGAAGUGGCAUUCCCACUUUUCUUUUUCCUUAAUAAAUAAACCUCUCCCCACUAACCAUAAUCUCUCUCACUCUCUAUAACUAUCCAUUUUCCGUUCCAAACAAAAGAAAGAAAGAAAGAAAAACAACCCUCUUUAACAACAACUUCCACAUUUACGUGUUUUUCCUCCAAAUUUUCCCUUUUUUUUCUUUCAAGAAAUUGAUUAAAUGAAGCUUUUUGGGAGAACGAUUUCUCUAACAUGCAACACCGAUGUGUCUACCAAUGAUUCUUCCUCUUUUCCUCGUGAAGAUUUCUCUCAUCAUAGUCCUUAUUCAUCUUCAUCUUCUCCACUUGAAAUGAAUUCUUCAACGGAACAUCAAACAAAGAGACAUAAGGAACCAUCAAGGAAAGAACUUACCUCAGAUGAUGAGGCCUCACAACAAACCACAGAGGAUUCAAAAUCUCACACAUCCUCAUGCCUCAUUGAGAACCCUAGAACUCCCUCGUCCGAAACCGAAACUUCUCAACAGAAUGGAGAAAAAAGUGACAUGUCACAAGACAAAUCUCUCACGAAACCGGACAAAAUUCAGCCAUGUCCAAGAUGCAGCAGCAACGACACCAAAUUCUGCUACUACAACAACUACAACGUCAAACAGCCCCGACACUUCUGUAAGAACUGCCAGCGAUAUUGGACUGCUGGAGGAAUAAUGAGAAAUAUGCCUGUAGGCGCAGGACGGCGCAAGAACAAAAUCUCUCAUUUUUCGUCCGCUGACUCGAAUUAUCGUCAAGUGAUUCCUCAAAGUACUGCUGUGUUAACCUUUGGCUCAGAUUCUAAUAUGUCUUCAACUUUGCAUGAAGAAAAAGUUAAUAAGUGUUAUCAAAAUUUUCCUCCUCAAUUUCCCUUCCAAAACCAUCCAUGGAACCCAUCAAUGAUUCCUCAUGCUGCAUUUUACCAACAAAGCUAUCCUGUUUCAUUCUAUCCCAAUAUAGCAUAUUAUGGUGGUUUUUUACCACAAUCAUGGAGUGUUCAAUCUAUCUCAACUCAAUCUUGUGAACCAAAUUCACCUACUUCAGGGAAACACUCAAGAGAUGGUGAAAUUCUCUUUCACUCCAACUCAAAGAAAGAAAAACUUGGCUCAGAAAGUAAUAAUAAUAGUAAUAGUGUGUUGAUUCCAAAGACACUUAGAAUUGAUGAGCCUGAUGAAGCUGCAAAGAGUUCUUCUACAUGGUCAAAACUAGGAAUCAAGGCAUUUGCAUCAAAGGGUGGUGAUAAGAACCAUGUGGUUGAAACAUCAUCAAUAUUGCAAGCUAAUCCUGCAGCUUUAUCAAGGUCUCUUGUGUUCCAUGAGAGGAUUUGAUUGUGACUUUAGUAAAUUACAAUGAGUAAGAUUCAUCAGAUCAUAGGCCUGUACAAUUGUGUUCUGCUAAGUUAUAUUUUUUGUUCUUUUAGAAUUAGACGACUUUGUUGAGUAAAUAUGUUUGAUGUAAAUAUUAUAUGCUCACUUCCUUACUUUUUAGCUGUAGUUGUAAAGUUUUUUUACAGAUAUUAAGACAAUCAAUAAAUUUUGUUAGUAUUA